GGGCGCCCUUGUGGCCCUGGAGCUGGCGCUGCUGUGGAAGGUGUGGCGGCCCGGCUUCCGCGGCGUGGUGCGGCUCCUGGGCUGGUUCGAGGUGCCCGACGGCUUGGCGCUGGUCAUGGAGCGUGCGGAGCGCAGUCAGGAGCUCUGGUACUUGCUGGAGGAGCGGGGCUUCCUGACGGAGCCCGUGGCGCGGGGGCUGCUCCGCCCGGUGCUGGAGGCCGUGCGGCACCGCAGCAGCCGCGGCGUCUGCACCGCGACAUCAAGGCCGAGAACGUCCUCGUGGACCUGGGCACGGGCGAGGUGAAGCUCAUCGACUUCGGGUGCGGCACGAUCCUCCAGGACAUGUUCUACACCCGGAUGUCAGUUUUGCUGAGGCCUUGUUGCUCCUCUGUGACACCCUCCCUUCAGAAUGGCUUCUGGAUUCCCGAAAAAGACACCGACACCUCGUCUUUUGCUGAGGGAAAGACUGCAGCCUAGCACUCUGCUUCCCUCUAAGUUCCAGCAGGAGAAGUUUCUCAGCACAAAGAAGGAGGCCAGCACUGGGGGGAGUAUUCUGCCCAGAAUUGGCCCAUGGAUAGACCUGAGCAAGAAUGGUCCAAAGCUGCCGUCAGCUGCCCCGAAACAGAGCUUGUUUCAGGUUUCCCCACCAGAGAUGGUGUUUCAGAACUUCGUGGCUCGGGAGGUCUCUGAAAUGGUGCUGUCUGUGACGAAUAAGGACAAGAUUCCUCGGCUGGUGAAGGUGUGCAUGGAGAGCUGCCCUUAUUUCCAGCUGGCGUGCCCCAGGGGUGUGUACCACACGGUGCCAGCAGGCGCCUCUGCCCCGUGCGCAUCCACUUCAGCCCCUAGGAGAACAAGGAUUAUUCCCACGAGCUCACCUGCAUCACUACAAGGGGAAGGAUAGUGGUGCCAAUUCGGGCCAUUGCUGCCCGAGCUGUCCUGGACUUCCCUGAGCAGCUGGACUUCUCCACAUGUCCAGUCAAGAGCAGCAGCCAGAAGACUCUGCUGCUCCACAACUCUGGGAACCUGGAAGCUCGUUUCCAGCUGAGCACCCAGAGGCAGAGUCUUUUUGGGCAGUCACAGAGAGAGCUGUGCCUGGAAAAAUUAAUGGAGGAGAAAGAAACAGGGAAGGAGAAGGGCUCUUGUGAAGAUCGUGCUGCCCUCCUGAGAGCCCCAGGGGAGAUGGCAAAGGUGCACCAGGACCCCAUGUUCUCUGAUGACGUUUCUUUCAUUAAGCCAAUGGAGGGAGAAAUCGAGCCGGAUGGUUUGGCCAAAAUCAAGAUGACUUUCAAACCCCAGGAAGCAGUGGAGUAUCAAAGUGUGGCUUGUUGCAGCAUCUCAGGCCGUGAGAGCAGGCUGCCCCUGCAGCUCAGAGGGGAAGGCCAAGGACCCUUGGUUGAGCUCAGCUGUGACACUCUGGACCUUGGGGACAUUUUUGUCAAUACCCCCCAUGUCUGUGAGGUGAACCUGAUCAACCAAGGAGCUCUUGAUGCUCCCUUCAGCUACAUCCCUUCGGCCACAAAGGUGGGCUUGGGCUUCAAGUUGGCACCCCAGGAGGGCAUCAUUGCAGCAGGUGGGAGCCAGACUCUCCAGAUCUCCUUCAGUGCCACCGUGUUGGGGAGGUUUGAGGAAGAAUUCCGGUUCAGUCUGGCUGGAUCUCCUACGCCUGCCAUCCUGACCAUCAAGGGCAGCGUCACUGGACCCAGUUUGCACUUCGACCUCCCUGAGCUCGACUUUGGGGACAUCUCCUUUGGCUUUCCCUACACCCAGCGCUGCCGGCUCACUAACAGCUCCCCGGUGCCCGUGACGUUCCAGCUCCGCAUGUCGUUCGAUGGCACGCAGCCGGCCGUGGACAGCGUCGAUCAGAUCCGCUGCCACAGUGACCCAGCCUGGAGGAAGGGCAUUCACUUGUAUGUGGAGCCCCGGGAGUUUACAAUCACUCCCAGCCAAGGGACCAUCCUGCCCCAGGGACACCAGGACAUCCAGGUGACCCUGUGUUCCAACUCAGUGAUGGAGUUCUACAGGAAGAUGCUGGUGGAUCUGGAGGGUUUUGGCAAGGGAGUGGCAUCAUUGGUCAUCACAGCCAGAUGUCUCGUUCCCAAGCUGCAAGUGUCCCCCCACGUGCUGCAGUAUGAUGAGUGCCUCCUGAAGGUGCCAUAUGAGAAGAAGUUCCUGAUUAGGAAUCCCAGCCACCUGCCUGGCUGCUACGGGCUCAUUGAACAGAAACGCAAGGAGGACGCUGCUGUGCUCUACUCCAGCCCCAGGCCCUGUGGGAUUGUCCAGCCUCACAGCACUGCAGAGAUCCCAGUGCUGGUGGAAGUGCAGGCGCUGGGCACGCAUCGCACCAAUGUUCUCAUCGGCGUGUUCGGGGAUGAGAGAAACCCACUGAGAAAACAGUUAUGGAGCUCUGGACAGCUGGCAGAAACCUCCCCAAGCCCAAGGCUGAUGGAGUCUGGCAGGAUCCCAGCACUACAGCCCAUAGAUGAGCUUCACCCACCUCAAUUCACUCCCCAUCCACCAAAGGAGAUGAGAACAUGUUUGAAUUGCCCAGCGUCUCGAUGGAGGCACUUCAAGGCUGGAAAGCAGGAGGCAGCCACAGCCCUGACUGAAGAGCAGGAUUUGACCCAGUCUUCAGGAGUAGAGGCUUCCAGUAUCCUGCCAGUGUCAGGUGUGCUGCAGCCAGGAGAGAGCCAGCAGGUCUCCUUGCCCUUCUCUGGCCACCUCAACAGCAUCUCCAGUGCCACGGCGCUGUGCCACGUGGAGGGAGGCCCCAGCUCUGAGGUGCUGGUGCCCGGGGAGGCCUCACGUGCCAGCUGCUCCCCGAGCCCCCAGGAGAUCAGCUGUGGCUCUGGGGCACCUCUCAGGGAGAGAAGGGAGCUGAAGCGGCCGGCUCCAAAGCUUGAGGAGGAGACAAAAGCCUUGGAGGAGGAAGAGAGGCAGAAGGAGAAAGAGAAGCAGAAGAAAGCAAAGAAGGGUGUCUCUGUGGGGAAGGAACCUCCAAAAGCAGAGAAGGGGAAAACCAAACCCCCAGAGAAGAAGGAAAGCAAGGCCCCAGAGAAGAAGGAUACCAAAAUCCCAGAGCGGAUGGAAACCAAAGCCCCAGACAAGAUAGAAACCAAACUCCCAGAAAAGAAAAACAUCCAGAAAAGAAGGAAACUAAAUUCCCAGAGAGGAAGGAAAGCAAGGCCCCAGAGAAGAAGGACACCAAAGCAUUAUUAGAGAAGAAGGAAAAUAAAUUCCUAGAGAAGAAGGAAACCAAAGCUCCAGAGACGAUUGAAAACAAACUCCCAGAAAAGAAAUACAAACCUCCAGAAAAGAGGGAAUCCAAAUUCCCAGAGAAGAAGGAAACCAAAGCUCCAGAGAAGAUUGAAAACAAACUCCCAGAAAAGAAAUACAAACCUCCAGAAAAGAGGGAAAUCAAAAUCCCAGAGAGGAAGGAAAGCAAAGCACCAGAGAGGAAGGAAGUGAAAAUCCCAAAGAAGGAAAGCAAAUCUCCAGAGAAGAGAAGCAAACCUCCAGAAAAGAAGGAAACCAAAUGCCCAGAGAGGAAGGAAAUCAAAAUCCCAGAGAAGGAAAGCAAGGCACCAAAAAAGAAGGAACCCAAAGCCCCAAAGAAGGGGGAAGCCAAAGUGCCAGAGAAGAGAGAGACCAAAGCCCCAAAGAAGAAGGAACCCAAAGCCCCAAAGAAGGGGGAAGCCAAAGCCUGAAAGAAGGGAGGAACCAAAAUCCCAGAGAACCCAGCUGAGCUGGAGAAGAACUCUUUUUUUUAUUCACACAACUUAUUUUAUACAGUUUGACAAACCUAAUGUGCCACUUUAGUUAGUAGAUUUCUUAUUAUUAGUUAUGCCAGUUAUUCUGUUGGAUAAUAAAAUAUAUUCUACUUGUGCAUCAAA